AUGGAUGAGGGUUCUCAGCGUUUAAUAGACGACUGCUUUUUGCGUCCAAUUCAACAGGAUGUUCGUUCAACGAACCGACCUGCCGAAGUGCCUGCCUCUAAGGUAACACUUAAAACGGAAAUGCAAGUCCUACGCCUGAGCGAUGAAUCGCAAAAAAUGUGCAUGGAAACAUUGAGAUCGAUACAUGGCGACGAUUUCCGUUUAGAUGAUCCCUCAAAGUACAAAGAUCGUGGUGGUAGAAUGAAAAAAUCAUAUUGGGAAGAUCGUGGCACCCUUGUCGUCCAGUCAGUUACAAAUUUCUCCUCAAACAACGGCACACUGGGUGGUAAAGAUGGCGAAAAAAAUCCCGAAAGUCCAGAGCAGAGGUUACGCCGCUACGCUUUAUUAAAAUUGGAGAAUUACGGUUUUGCCUCCAGCCAUUGCCUUGAGGCAUAUGACCACUGUAAUGGAAACAUCGACGAAACCUUGAAUCUAUUGUUCCGUAAAUAUAUGAGAAUUCCCGAUGAUCAAGAGGAGUUAACGGUGGAAUUUACCGAAAAGGAAUUACUUGAUAUGCGAUUUGAUGAAAAAGAGGCUUUAGAAUCAAUUUAUGAUAAAAUAUUCGAAGAGAAGGAAAAGAAUGCAGUGUGGAAUUUAAAAUUCAAAAUUGAACAUCUGCUGCAGCACAGUCCCUCUGAGGUGCGCAAGGCACGAGAUGCAGCUGCUGCCAAACAGAACACAAAUCAAAAACAUGUAAAGAAACCGAGAGAACCCCAGAGGUGUCGCAACUUUGAUGAAAAGGGCACCUGUAGAUUUGGUCCGAAAUGUCGUUUUGCCCAUAUCCGCCCCGAACCGGUGAUACCCGAAAAAAGUGCGAGCAAAGAGAAAACCGAUGAGUCAGAUGAAAAAUGGUUCUAUUUGGAAAUACGUUUUCCUCCACACACCAAAUAUCCCUACGAGGCUCCUUACAUAUACGUGAAGACCACCUGUCAUGACAUACCCAACGAAAUAAGGCUGAAAUUGGCGAGAAAACUUUAUCGCGAAGCUCAAGAGUCAUGUCGUGAUGGCAUACCAUGUGUCUACAGUAUUUCGGAGCUACUGCAAAUGGAAAGUUUUUCGGAAAAUAUUGAUCUGGAUCAAGAGGCCUUCCCGAGGGCUGAUAAAUCACUGUUCUAUGUGGAAGAUCCAUUGGAAAAAGAAAAUAUCGUAAAGAAAUUUGAAAAUCUGCCCACUCACUAUGAGAAAGGCUUAACCUCACACGGUGAUGGUUUUCGUAAAGAUCCUGAGGCAAUGGAAAAAGAAGAUCGGCUUUUGUUGAAACGUUUUAUGGAGCGGCGACGCGAUGAGAAGUAUCAAAAAAUGAUGAAAACACGACAAAAUCUGCCAGCCUUUAGUAAAAUGAUGGAUAUUUUAAAUUUACUGGAGACUUCACAGAUUUUGGUUAUUUCCGGAGAAACGGGAUGUGGUAAAUCGACACAGGUUCCACAAUUCAUAUUGGACAAUUGGUUUUUUAAGGCUUCCCAGUUGGAUAAUUCACAAAAAAUGCCUCAUGUUGAAGUGGUGUGUACCCAGCCGAGAAGGCUUUCGGCGAUUGGUGUGGCGGAACGUGUGGCCGACGAACGAGCCGAAAGAAUAGGACAAACUGUGGGUUAUCAAAUUCGUUUGGAAAAUAAAAUAUCCUCAGCUACACGUUUGACAUUUUGCACCACCGGUAUUUUGUUGAGGCGUUUGGCAUCUGAACCUUUGCUGGAGUCAGUUACUCACAUUAUUGUCGAUGAAGUCCAUGAACGUAGUGAAGAGUCUGACUUUUUGCUGAUGAUUGUUAAACGUAUAUUACCUCUACGACCCGAUCUAAAGGUCAUCCUGAUGUCAGCCACCCUGAAUGCUAAACUAUUUUCGGACUAUUUCAAUGGUGUACCCAUUCUAGAUAUCCCUGGUAGAACUUUCCCCGUGGAACAAUUGUUCCUUGAAGAUAUACUGGAACGUUGUGAUUAUGUAAUGGAAUGUGAUUCUCAGUAUAGUCGUAAGGUUAGCAAAAAGGAAGAGGAGGAGUUGAUGCGAGAAUUGGAAUAUGCCGAUAUUAAGGCGGAAAAUGUGGCACCACCAACCAAGCUCAAGGAUGAGAAAUUGAAUUUGUCGGCAAUGUAUUCACGUUAUGCGGAUUAUUCCAAGAAGACAUGUAAAUCGAUUUAUCUUAUGGAGCCAAUGAAAGUCAAUCCGGAAUUAAUUGAGUCUGUGCUAAAGUAUAUUGUGGAGGGUGAACAUGAAUGGCCCCGGGAGGGUACAAUAUUGAUAUUUUUGCCGGGUCUACAAGAAAUUCAGGCUGUGCAUGAUGCCCUCUGUGAUAGUAAUAUGUUUGGACCAAGAUCGGGCAAAUACAUUUUAGUGCCUUUACACUCAACCCUAUCGAGUGAAGAACAAGCUGCUGUCUUCCGACCCGCACCCAAGGGAAAACGAAAAAUUGUGUUGAGUACAAAUAUUGCUGAAACCUCUGUCACCAUAGAUGAUUGUGUUUUCGUCAUCGACUAUGGUCUCAUGAAGGAGAAACGUUUCGAUUCGAAUCGUAACAUGGAAUCAUUGGAAUUGGUAUAUGUUUCUCGGGCGAAUGCCAAUCAACGUAAGGGUCGUGCUGGUCGUGUCAUGCCUGGUGUUUGUAUACACUUGUACACCCAACAUCGUUUCAAAUAUAAUUUCUUGGCUCAACCCAUACCCGAAAUACAUCGUGUUCCGCUGGAGCAAUUGGUGUUGCGUAUAAAAACCCUACCCAAUUUCCAGGGUCUAAAUGUUGUGGAAGUUUUAGGUGAAACCUUAGAACCACCCACCGAAGAGAAUAUUAUUGGGGCUGUGACACGUCUGCAGGAUGUUGGUGCCCUGGAUGAGGAACAACAAUUAACACCAUUGGGUCAUCAUCUUUCAGCAUUGCCGGUCGAUGUACGGAUAGGUAAACUAAUGUUGUUCGGUACCAUCUUCCAGUGUUUGGAUAGUGUGCUGACCAUUGCUGCCUGCUUGUCACACAAAUCACCAUUUGUUAGUCCCUUCAAUAAACGGGCUGAAGCGGAGCGACGCAAACGUGAAUUUGCUUUAUGCAAUAGUGAUCAUUUGACAUGUUUGCUGGCCUACAAGAAAUGGUUAGAGGUAUCCAAGCGCAACUUUUUCGCCAGCCGCAACUAUGCCGAGGAACAUUUUCUAUCUCUGAAAACUUUGCAAACAAUUUCCGAAGUCAAAUAUCAAUUUUUGGAAUUACUUGUAUCGAUAGGUUUUGUACCCAUUAAUGUACCCAGGAAACGUAAAAAUGCUCAGGACACAAUUUUGGAAUUAACGGGCAAUGAACUAAACAUAAAUGGUGACAAUAAUCGUCUACUUAUCUCUUUGUUGUGUGCCUCCCUCUAUCCAAACAUUGUAAAAAUCCUCACACCCGAACGUAGCUACAUACAAACAGCCGGUGGAGCAAUGCCAAAAUUGGCCACAGCCAAAGAUUUACGCUUUAAAACACGUGAAGAUGGUUAUGUGGCCAUACAUCCAUCAUCGGUAAAUUCAGACACGGGCACAUUUCAAUCUCCCUUCUUGGUGUAUCAGGAAAAAGUCAAAACCUCAAGAAUUUUCAUUCGAGAAUGUAGUAUGUUGCCGUUGGUGCCUCUGGUUCUCUUUGCCGGUUCUGAUUUAAAAGUUGAACUUCAUGACGGUGAUUUCCUCUUCCUACUCGAAGAUGGUUGGAUAAUAAUCAAAGCUCACAAUCAUGAGACUGCCGAAAUGAUACAAUGUUUACGUUUGGAACUACUGAAAUUGUUGGAAGAGAAAAUUCGUGAUCCAUGUUUGAAUUUAUUGCAUCAUGAAAAUGGUCGUAAAAUUAUACAAAGUAUUAUUUAUUUAAUUGGACAUAACAAUUAAAA